GCGCAUGCGUUAAGGCGACGGAAAUGAAAACCACUUAGGACUUCCGCAGAGAAGGGGGAGGAACAGACGACGCAUCUCGGCUCGAACAUAAUGGCAACUAAAAUUCAAGUGUGUGACAUUGACCCAAGUCUAGAAGAAGUCAUGAAGAAAUUCAAGUUUCGAAAAGAGAAAAAUGUUGCAGCUCUUGUGUUGAAAAUCAAUAAGGAUAAACAGACAGUUGUUCUUGAUGAAGAGUAUGAGGAUGUAAGCAUUGAUGACCUUCAGAAUGAACUUCCAGCCUCGCAGCCACGAUACAUUCUGCUCAGCUAUGUUUUCAAACGAGAUGAUGGGCGAGAAUCCUACCCAUUAUGUUUCAUAUUUGUGAGCCCUCAGGGAUGCCAGCCAGAUCUGACCAUGAUGUAUGCAGGCACAAUGAAAGCAGUAGUUGACAAAGCACAAGUCACAAAAGUAUUUGAGGUCAGGUCUGUGGAAGAGUUAACAGAGGAUUUCAUAAAAGAACAGCUUUCCUUUUUCAGAUAGUCUUUUUAUAUUAAAUUCUUCUUUACCAUUUUCAAAUAUACAGCUUAGCAUCAGUUGUUAGUAUUAUCUUCACAUCUUGAAAAGUUAUAACAUUUAGAGAUGGCAUAUCAUCCAGAGAACAGCAUGAAGGUCUUCACAAACUUUGUGGAAACUGAAUUUUUUUGUUUUAGUGAUGAUGAAAUGACAGUGGAGUUAAGGAGCAACAUGUUACAUGUACAGCUUGUCGAAUGAUUUAUCAUUUUUUUCUUUAAGUAACUUUAUAUUGUAAUUUGUCGUUGGCAGUAAAAUAGUCAGGUUAAAGAUGAAUGUACUUUUUCAGUCUGACUUAUGGAAUUCUCCAUUUUAACAGAUUUUAAACUUUCUGUGCUGUAUCUUCAGCACACACAAACUUUCUGGUAAAGGACUUUGACUUGUUCUAUAUAAGGUCUAGAAAUUUUACUGUUUAACAAGUGGUUUAAGUAACUGCUAUUAAAAGUAUAUUUUUUUCCUUUGCAAAGGAUCUAUAAAUAUUACUUUUUUCAUUUGUUCUUAAUUGUUAGGAAAUUGAAGGGCUAAGUAUCCUCGUAAAGAUUAAGCUGCAUACUUGAAAUGUUCUUGCAAAUCUCAGUUGGAUAUUUACAGAAACAUGUUUUGAUGGGUGCAAAUUUUUAAUACACUUUUUAUAUUGUUAGAAUAUAUGCAGAUGUGUGUGUGAGAGAGAGAGGGGUAGACUUAAUUGGCCACACAGGUGGUGGUUUGUAUUUUACUUAUGCCUUCAUCAUGUUUAUGGAAACUGCAACAUACUGAAGACCUAGUGAUUUUGCAUUUAAAAACCUAACACCUUGAUACCUACUACUACACUAGGAAUGUGAAAUGUUUCUACCAAAAGAAAAGAAAGUUCUUCUGUUCUUCACUUGAGGUAAUUGCUCACAAAGUAUGCACAGUUUGUAAAUUUGUGAAAGGUCAUUUUGAUCAAACAUUCCUUCUAUAGGCAUGGUCAUGCCCAAAUACUUUUUGUGAAACUUAAGUCUCUGAUUUACAUGUGUGGGAUCAGUUAAGAAAUGUUUUCUGUUGCUUUUUCAUUUGAGGUUGCUUAACAUGAAAACAAAGUAGAGCUUACUUAUAAAAGUGUAUAUCGAUAGUGAAUAUGCUCAUUGUUCUGAUUUGAAGAGGCCUUAUCUCGAUUACUUCUUCUUCUCCAGUGAGAGUCAAUGGAAAUAGGUGAAGGAAAUAAGUUUUUGUGUAAAAUGCUUACAAAUAAUCUUCAGCAUAAAAUGAUGCAUUUAGACCUAGUGUUCUGAUUUAAAGAGGCCUUAUCAGGUUUACUUUUUCUCACCCAGUGAGAGUCAGUGGAAAUGGACAAAAAAAGUCCUGCAUUUUUUUGUAAAAGUGCAUGGAAAUGUUCUUCAGCAUAAAAUGAUGCAUUUAUACCUGAUUAUAAGGUCAAAGAGAGGUGGGUACCAGUUGGGGUAGAGAGUAAACAUUUUACUCAAAACAAGUACAUGUAUCAUCAGAGGUCUGAUUGAACUUUCAUCAGUUUCAGUUGUGUCUGCAGAAAAUAUCUCAGCCAAAUCUGUCAGUUUAAUUUAGUAAUUGAGCAGAAUAAUUAGGUAAAAUGCCAAGUUACAUUACUUUUAUUACAAGUACCUUCACUAUAAUAAAAAUGAUUUGCAGAGUGAUCUUGAAUUUUGCAACUAUACCCAUUGUAACAUCUUUCCACAUAAAAGUUUUUCCAAAAAGUUAUUGCUAGUAGCUUCAGCGAGUGCUUUUGAUGUUUAGUAAAGGAGAUAAUUUUCUAGGUGGCAAAAGCAUAGGAGGGUUGCUCUUAGUUGCUGAUUGGUGCAGAUGAAAAGGGUAAAAAAUGUUCAUGUGGUGCAUACAUUUGGGAAGUGACAUGAGAAGCAUUUAUUUAUUAAUCUUUAUGGCGAUAAUGAUUGCAUUCAACCCUCAAAUUCGUUUGGAUGCUGCUUUAUUUUAACCUGCUGUGCUCAUCUUACAUUUAUAAUUUGAACAAAUCAGCACUUUCUGCUUUAUUCUGUCACUUUUUAAUUGUCAUAAAUAUUUAUGUUCUAUC